UAACACAAUAAAAGAAAAAAUAUUUUAAAGAAAACUAAAUAAAUUAUGUGGCUAAAUAUAAACUAGAAAACAAAAACUACGAAUUUUUCUAAAGAAAUUUCAAGUAGAACAACAGCCCCUACAAAAAUGCUACAACAUCCCGCCACUGAUUUUUACGAUUUGGCUGCUGCCAAUGCUGCUGUUUUAACAUCACGCCAAACUCCACCAUAUAGUCCUACCGGACUAACGGUUUCGGGUUUAACGAACAAUAAUAACAAUAGCACAAGCAAUAAUAACAACAAUUUGGAUAUGUUGUCUCACAAUGGUAAUACCAAUAGUGUACCGGGUUCUACUCAUUUGGGUGGUAAUCAGAAUACAAGUACAAAUGGUGGCGGUGGUGGCGCUAGUAAUGGCGCCAAUGGUCGCGAGUCGUUGCCCAGUUUUGGUUUUACCCAGGAACAGGUGGCGUGUGUAUGUGAGGUGAGUUUUAUAUGAAAAUGUUGAGA